CGGGCGCCGGGGGCGGUCCCUGCGGGGCGGGGCCCGACCGGCGCUCUGUGUGGCCGCGGCCAUGAAGCCGCAGCCGCCGGGCUAGGCCCCGGGCGGCCCGCGGAGGGCUGGGCCUGGCCCCCGGCGCCGGUUCCCGGGCCGGCGGGCGGCAGCUCACCAUGCCUGGCAAGCACCAGCACUUCCAGGAACCCGAGGUCGGCUGCUGCGGGAAAUACUUCCUGUUUGGCUUCAACGUUGUCUUCUGGGUGCUGGGAGCCCUGUUCCUGGCCAUUGGCCUCUGGGCCUGGGGUGAGAAGGGCGUUCUCUCCAACAUCUCGGCGCUGACGGAUCUGGGAGGCCUUGACCCUGUGUGGCUGUUUGUAGUGGUUGGAGGCGUCAUGUCGGUGCUGGGCUUUGCCGGCUGCAUAGGGGCUCUCCGGGAGAACACUUUCCUGCUCAAGUUUUUCUCUGUGUUCCUCGGCCUCAUCUUCUUCCUGGAGCUGGCUGCAGGGAUCCUGGCCUUUGUCUUCAAGGACUGGAUUCGAGACCAGCUCAACCUCUUCAUCAACAACAACGUCAAGGCCUAUCGGGACGACAUUGACCUCCAGAACCUCAUUGACUUUGCUCAGGAAUACUGGUCUUGCUGCGGAGCCCGAGGGCCCAACGACUGGAACCUCAAUAUCUAUUUCAACUGCACUGACGUGAACCCGAGCCGGGAGCGCUGCGGGGUGCCCUUCUCUUGCUGCGUCAGGGACCCUGCGGAAGAUGUCCUCAACACCCAGUGCGGCUACGAUGUCCGGCUCAAACUGGAGCUGGAGCAGCAGGGCUCCAUCCAUACCAAAGGCUGCGUGGGCCAGUUUGAGAAGUGGCUGCAGGACAACCUGAUUGUCGUGGCUGGGGUCUUUGUGGGCGUUGCCCUUCUCCAGAUCUUCGGUAUCUGCCUGGCCCAGAACCUUGUGAGUGACAUCAAGGCAGUGAAAGCCAGCUGCUGUGACCUUGACCCUGCCAGGAACCCACUUUGGCCUCAGUGUCUCAGACUCUAAAAUGAGUCCAAGAAUUUUCUCUCCCUUGCUUGCCUCUCAGGAUCAAACAUGAUGAUGGCUACAAACUACUCAAAUAAACAAAACCUUGAAA